GGGGGGGGGACCGAGACAGAAGAAAAAAUAUCUUCAAAGAUGCAUCCGUUCAACGCUAUGAUGGCGGCGAGGAUGCUGACCGCCGUCGGAAAAUCAAACGGAUUAGAAAGCGAGACGAUCCCCUUCGGAUCCUUGUGGUGGAGUAUCUACGCCGGCGUCUCUUGUUUCCUCGUCCUCUUCGCCGGAAUCAUGUCCGGUCUCACUCUGGGCCUCAUGUCUCUCAGUCUCGUCGACCUCGAAAUCCUCCAACGCAGUGGCUCCCCAAAGGAGAAGAAACAAUCAGCUGCGAUCUUUCCGGUUGUUCAGAAACAGCAUCAGCUUCUAGUGACACUUCUCUUGUUCAAUGCUCUUGCUAUGGAGGGCCUUCCUAUAUACUUAGACAAGAUCUUCAACGAGUAUGUUGCUAUCAUCCUCUCCGUUACUUUCGUUCUCUUUGUUGGAGAGGUUAUUCCUCAAGCUAUAUGCUCCAGGUAUGGACUAGCAGUGGGAGCUAACUUGGUCUGGCUUGUCCGCAUCUUAAUGAUUCUCUCCUACCCGAUAUCUUUCCCCGUUGCGAAGAUGUUGGACUGGGUGUUGGGACAUGGAGACCCUUUGUUUAGACGGGCUCAGUUAAAGGCUCUUGUUUCCAUUCAUGGGGAAGCUGCUGGCAAGGGAGGUGAGCUUACCCAUGAUGAGACCACAAUCAUUAGUGGUGCGCUUGAUUUGACUGCCAAGACUGCUCGAGAAGCCAUGACUCCUAUUGAAUCAAUCUUUUCCUUGGAUAUUAAUUCAAAGUUGGACUGGGAAGCUAUGUACAAGAUUCAAACACGAGGACAUAGCCGGAUUCCUGUCUACUCGGAGAAUCCUAAAAAUGUUGUCGGUCUUCUUUUGGUGAAGAGUCUCCUCACUGUUCGCCCUGAAUCAGAUACUCUUGUCAGCACAGUUGGUAUACGCCACAUUCCAAGGGUUCCAGCCGAUAUGCCAUUGUAUGAUAUACUGAACGAGUUUCAAAAAGGGAGCAGUCACAUGGCUGCAGUUGUGAAGGUCAAUGUGAAACGCAAAGGUUCUCUUUCAACUUUGCUUGAAGAAGAAAACACUAAUGACUCCAAGUUGACUACACCUCUGUUACUGAAGCGAGAAGGAAACCAGGACAAUGUCGUUGUUGAUAUUGACAAGAUUAGUAACAGUGGGUUCUCGCAUACUUCAGAGGAGAUAGAGGAUGGAGAAGUAAUUGGUGUCAUCACUUUGGAAGAUGUGUUUGAAGAGCUUUUGCAGGAAGAGAUUGUGGACGAAACUGAUGAAUUUGUUGACGUGCAUAAAAGGAUACGGGUGGCGACUGUAGCGGCAGUGGCUAUUUCAUCAUUAGCGAGAGCUCCUUCAAGCCGGAGGUUACUUGGCCAAAAGGGAACUGGAGGACCAAAAACGCCAAAGGCAUCGUCUACUACUCCAAAGACAGGACAGGAUAAACCGAUUUGAACUACGACCGGUUCUCUUCAGGGAUGAUGAUUUCUGGUGUUCUGUUUUUUUUUUAAUUUUUUUUUUGAUUGAGAUGUGAGUGUAAUAAAACAAGGUUCUCAAACUUAGAUCAAUUAUUCUGCACAUACGUGUAGUUAUAAUAAUAAGUCUACAAAACAAUUCGAACUUGUU